AGAAAAUAUAAAUUAUUGAGAAAAAUUCAAUUACGUUUAGAGCGCCCGUCGAUCAUAUCGGAAUCUUUCCAAUAUGUCUCUUGAAUAUGAGACAACAUCGUAAAGUUACAGAUACAAUAAGGUUAAAAUAUGAUUUUGAUACAGACUUUUGUAUGUACUCCUAAUAAAUAAAAUAUUUUAUUAUGAACGGAUUAAUCGCAUUUAAAAUCUCACUAUAAAAGGUACAGAUAAUUAUGAGUUUCAUCACGUUAUUACAAUUGAGACAAACCAGAAUAUUAACUAAAUGUCUCUUAGAACAAUAUUUGAAAAGAUAUUUAAGGUGUCAAACAAAGUUUUAUUGUAUUAAACAUACUAAUCAUAAAAAUGCUAUUAAUUCAAAAGAUCGUAUUGUAAAACGAAAAGCAUUAAAGGCACGUAUAUUGGAAGAUUUUAAAGAAACAAGAAAAAAAGUAGAAGGAAUAAUCGAAAGAGAAAAUAUAUGGACUGUUCCCAAUCUUCUUUGUGUGGGUCGUAUGAUCACAUCGCCUUAUUUAAGUUACUUAAUACUAUCACAAGAUUAUCAGGUAGCACUAUGGCUAUUAGCAUUCGCAGGAGUUAGCGAUUUAGCUGAUGGAUGGAUUGCAAGAACAUGGUCGUCACAAGCUUCUAAACUUGGAAGUUUUUUGGAUCCUGUUGCCGAUAAAUUGCUUGUAGGAACACUCUUUCUUUCUUUGGCAUGGGUAGGAUUAAUACCGGUACCUCUUACAUGUCUUGUUGUAGCAAGAGAUAUUGCUCUAGUUGGUGCGGCAUCUUAUAUCAGAUAUCGAUCAUUACCUGCACCCAAAACAUUGGCAAGAUAUUUUGAUCCUACACAUGCGACAGUACAAUUAGCACCUACUAUCGCGAGUAAAUUGAAUACAGCAGUUCAAUUGUCUUUUGCUGCUGGAACUGUAGCAGCUCCUGUUUUUCACUUUGUGAACCAUCCUGUUCUCCAAUGUUUGUGCUAUAUAACUGCAAUAUCAACACUUGCUGGAGGUAUUAGUUAUUUGACAUCUAGGAAUACGUAUAAAUUUCUUAGAAAGAAAAAAAUUUCAACACGGUCAUAAUUUAUUUUUUCAUUAUCAUUACUUAAUAGCAGAUGAGUAAUGUACAGUUAUCGAAUCUUAUGUACAAAUUUAUUAUUGCAAUUUUUUACAUAUACUAUUUUGCAUAUCGAUAUUCAAGUAAUAUAAUGUUUACAGAGAAACAUAUUAGUUAAUAAACUUGUAUAUGUAUAUCUACACUAAUUAAUCUAUGUAAAUUGAUUAAUUUAACCUUAUUAAAACAAAAUAUCAGUUACGUUAUACAUUUCGUAAGCGAACUCUUCCCAUUCAAAAGGAUCAUGUACUACACCAAUAUAAUCUAUCUCCAGCUUAAAAGGACCAGGAAUUCUAUCAGAAGCUAAAAUACCAAAACUUGAUAUAUUAUCUAAAGGUAUAGGUUCUUGAUCGUCUUGUACUUUUCCAUGACUAGACAAAAAGAAUUUUGAAAAUGGUAUUUUCACAUAUUGCCAAUAUGGGCCACCUCUUGUAUAAAUUACAUAAUUAUACAAAUCAUUCCAAUGUACAUCAUAUAAUCCUUUCGUUCCAAUAUUAAUCAUAUAAACUCUACCAUCCCCUCUUACACGCAUAACAAGAUGAUUGUAUAACUGCCAAUUUAAACGUGUUUCUCGUUUAAAACUUUUCCUGAAUUUUGCUGUUCUAAGAGCACAGUAACCUGCAUAGGUUAUUUUACCAUCUUUUGGAAUUCUAUAAUCUAAAUUACCGGAAAAGACAGCUUUGCCUUCUGGACUUAAUUCUAGUCUACAAAAAUGAAAAAACUUUUAAUAUAAAACUUUUUCAAAGUUCUAUAUCAAGCUAAAUAGAAUUAGCAAACAAAAUAUAUACUCACUUGCAAGUUGAAUAACCUUCGUUAUAAUCACUAUCGCAUACAAUCAACCAUGAAUCCAAAGAUUUUUGAUUGCCAUUAAAAUCCCAAACAAUGUCUACUUCAUCUGAUGGAUGAAAGGCAUUAUCUUUCAUUUUUUCUUUUCUUUCUUUCUUCAAUAAAGCUAAUUCUUCUUUUAAA